UCCCGCCAUCGCCGCCAACUUCCUACAUACAACGUCCCUUCAGCCUUCUGUUUCUCCUUACAGAUUCGUACUUUGCGCCCAUCACCUAUGCAUUUGAUUUGAACAACACUUACAUAGUUUUCAUCGAGAUUAGGAGUUUACUCAACUAAUAGCCAACAUGGACCAAAUGAUGCCGGGAGACGGCGGUCGAAACCCGCUAGAGGCUUGGUUCUGGGAGAUGCCGAUAUGCACACGAUGGUGGACGACCGCAACUGUUGUGACAAGUGCGCUGGUCCAAUGCCAGAUGGUCACCCCAUUCCAGCUAUUCUAUAGCGUGCGCACCGUAUUUCAGAAGGGAGAGUACUGGCGAUUAUUAUCCACAUUCCUAUACUUCGGCCCAUUUUCCCUCGAUCUCCUAUUCCACGUCUACUUUCUCCAGCGCUAUGCCCGUCUUCUCGAAGAGUCUUCCGGUCGAUCGCCGGCCCACUUCUCGUGGCUCCUGAUGUACUCCAUGGCCUUCCUCAUCGUUCUCUCGCCGAUGGUGUCCAUGCCGUUCCUCGGACACCCUCUAUCAUCGACACUGGUCUACAUCUGGUCGCGACGCAACCCGAACACCCGGUUGAGUUUCCUGGGCUUAGCUGAAUUUACGGCACCUUACCUUCCCUGGGUAUUGAUGACGUUCAGCCUCGUUAUGCACGGGACCGUCCCUAAAGACGAGAUCAUGGGCGUCGUUAUCGGCCACAUCUGGUACUUCUUCACUGACGUGUACCCCCCGAUGCACAACGGCUCGAGGCCUCUAGAUCCGCCGAUGUGGUGGCGCCGCCUGUUCGAGCGUAGACAGCAGAGGGAGGACACGGCUAAUGCGAUCAAUAACGAGUUCGCGGUAGCAGGAGGCCCGGAGCUUGCUGCGGCAGAGAUGCGAUAAACACAGACGGCGACGGACAGGCUCGACGAUGGUGCUUACGACUAUCAUACCCUCAUUUAUGGCGUUUGGGAGCAGACUUCGAUGGCAAUCGAUUACGGCGGGACUUUUUUGAGGAACAGCACGACGGCGUUUUACGGUUUAGAUGUUGAGAUGCAUGGCGAGACUUGUAACUUUUGUACAUACACUUCGAAACGCCUUUCGCAGCUCACGUCUGUUGAACAUGGGGUCGUGGAAAGUGUUUCAUAUGAGCCUUCUCAGCCUUCACAGAAAAGGCUGACUACAAGUUAGACUUUACGAAGUACUACGUACCUAGUAGAAUACACACGUCCUUCGCUAUUUGGAGAUUGAUGAUACGUGUUUUGACAAUUGGUGCGGCAAUAUUUGUCAUAUCAUUCUCACAUUCUGUAGACCGGAUGACAUUCCUACUUAGUAGGCAGGGUAACUUGAUAUUGAUGUGGAUGAUAUCGCCUCCAAGCCUAGUGACGAUCUUCCAGACCCAUACUACAUAAUGAAGGCUUCACCGCAGCCUAAAAGCUCAAGUCACCUGAAUACAUACCAUACAAUAUUAGUCUCACCGUAUCGCUAAGAUAAUA